CUGGCGUUUGACAUCGAUUUGAGUGAAUUGAAUACGAAUUACAAUCAGUUGAUUGGUCUGAAGAAGCAGAUGAAUGAAUGCGAGACACAAUUGAAUGCAUGGAUUGCCAGCGAUUUGUCGCAAGAGAUCAACGAUUUGAAGGAUAUUUGCCGUCAAAACAACGACCGCUCCGUCAGAUCCCAAGAGUUACGCGACUUCACCGAUAAGUUGCGGCAAAUCUAUGGCGAAAUGGGAUCAAUCGACCACUCGUUUAGUGUCAACUCGUAUGAGAUGUCUUUCCGACACAUGUCUAACGCGUCGGAACUGCUUAAGCAACUGAUGAACACCAUUGAGACGAACACUGAUCUCAAGCCUCUCGCCAAAGAGUUGGCAGAGUUUUUGCAGACAAUUAAAACCGAUUUAGUGGUAAAGAGAGAGGAAUUGAUUUAUAACACGAAAACUAUGUUCAACUCAAACGUGAAGGCAUUUCGGGAUGAGUUUAAUAACGAGAAUGUGUUUGAAUUCAAUUUAAUUAAUUAUCUCUCGUCUCAUGAGUACAAGAACUUCAUCAACGCUUUCGUGGAAAUGCGCGAAAAUGAGCCCAUUUUGAAGGAAUUGAUUAAAUGCUUGAAUUGUUAUUUCGUGAAAACUAUUCUCAACGAAGAGGUGAAUGACAUUGUUUUGGAGGACAACAGGAUUACGGCCGUCCUCUCGACCACAUCCACCGCCACUCCGCUGUCACUCUUGAAGACGUUUUUCGAUUAUUUGAGUCAAACCGUCACCGAUAAGAAUAAUAUACCCGAAAGCAGACAAUUGUUACGACUUUUGGGGCAAUUCUGGACGGAAGACAUAUUCGACCAGAUUUUGAAGUACUAUUUGAAUCGAUUGAUGCCGAAGAACGAGUCGGACAUCAAGUCAUACCUCAGUCUCGUCGACGCGGCCGAAGAUAUCCGACAUUUUCUCAUCGAAAUUGGUUUCAUUGACGACAACACCAACUCUCCAUUCAUUGAGUUUGCGUUGAAUAUAAACUCGCAUUUUUGCCGAAGACUUUGCACCGACUUUUUACUCGAGUCCAAAGCUAUCAUUUGCCGCGAUUUGCAUCAAACAGUGGCCGUGGGAUCCGAUGAGAACCCGACCGCCACGUCGUUCCCCUCGUGUAGAGUCAGUGAAUUCAUUGUAGAACUCAAACAAUUGAUGGACAGGAUUAACGACCUGUCCGUCCAGUGUUCGGCCGACUGUUCCAAUGCGUUGAUUCAGACGAUGACAGAUGUCUGCGAGUUGUUUGUGGACAUCAGUCCCGUGUUUCACAACAAAAUGAUUACUGAAUUCCCGCAACAAAACGCUAUUUUUCACAAUAAUUGUAUGUUUUUCGCCAAUUUUAUGGAAGUGUUUGCUUUGAAACACAAAUCGGAUAAAACUUUCGCUGAAUUUGUGGUCACUUUGAGAGAACUCGGUUCACAAGUAUUUCUCAAACAAAUGAGAACUCAGGAGAAGAAUAUCUUGGAUUUGAUUCAAAGCCAUCAGUUCGCGCACUGUAUCAACGAUUUGGUGACUAUCGAAGACUCGAACUCCGCUGUUGGCGACCAAUUGGCCAAAGAGUUUCGACAGAUUCUGACGCAAUGUUUAGUUCACUUGAAUUUCUUAAGGCAAACACUGGUCGACGUAUUGCCGCAAAGAGUGUACGACAAAGCGAUCGGAACCGUCAUUAACACGCUUUUCAAUGGAUUAAUAAAUAAGAUUUUGAUCCAAAACGACAUCAGCUCUUCCGGCGCCCAAAGGCUGAGCCAAGAAAUUGAGUUUCUCUUCGCAGAGGUGAAGACGUUCCUGAAGACUGAGAACCCGAUGCGUUUGGUCAGCAAGUGGUCCAAGUUAUCUGAACUUAAUUUUGUGCUUAACGCAAAUCUCUUGGAGAUAGUGAACCGAUGGGCCGACGGCUACGGAAUAUUGGCCGCGGAGUUCACGGCACCGGACGUCAAACAACUGAUUCGCGUAUUGUUUCAAAACACGGAACGAGUACAGUAUGCCUACAGUGUGUGCGCCAAACGCAGUGCUCAUAGGAUGUCAUCACUGAAUGCAAAGUGGAUUAGUUAUGAAAUGCCUUUUAGUAACGAAAACAACUUCUUCUACCAUUCGGUGCAACACUUGUCCCGAUCUUUGGCUCAAAUCCAAUCGCUUUCGGCGCAAAAGUUGAAUGUCUUGUUCUCGUUGUGUCCGAAAGACACACCGAAUGGACAGUUGGUUAUCGACCAAAGAGGACAGGACUCGGUGGUCGCGCUUAUCAUAUAUUUAAUUGAAUCACAAUUUCAGCACAAACAACUAAUUAUCACAUAUUUAUUGCAAUUAUUGAAUCGUUUAAAAGAUGCCGUUUUUAGUGAUUCAAUCAAACUUCACGAGUCAGACCGUAUACCAAUCGCCGAGAGAUUCAGCUUCUGCCUGAACACCGGUCUGUCGGACAUCGCGUACUUCUGUCCCGAAUAUAGCGAUAAGAUUUUGAGUCAACAAAUCGUUUGCUUUGAAUCUCUCACUUCACUGAUUCUGGACUCCAAACAACUCCUGAGUAAUGAUAUCUCGCAUAAAAUCCGAUUCUGUCACACAAUUGUUCCCAUUUAUAUCGGUUUGUGUCGAUCGUUGGGUCGGACGCCGAGCGACGGCCAGAAUACGCCGCUAUUCCUCCGACUAUUCCCUCCGCCAACGCUUCCCCCGAAGACCGAUGAGUCUCAAUACGAUUCGAGCAAAGAUCUCAACGACAGCUCGUAUAACGUGAACAGAGGUCUCGGCAAUAGUCUGCUGAAGAAGGGAACGGUUCCUAACUUUCAGAAACUAAUUCCGCGUUCGUUCUCAAGCGUGUCGGCGAAUCCGACGUGGAGUUCGGGUCUUAACGGACACGACUCGGCCGCCGACGCGCUGUCUGUGGGCGGAGUGAGUGGUUUCGGCGGCGGCACCAAAGGCUCCUUCCAGAGCCAGAUCUCCACUUACAGUGCAUUCAAUGAUACUGUGAAUGAAACGCGUUAUUUGUUCUUCAAAUUUGGCACUUCUUUCGCCGGACAGCCGACACAUUUAAAGCCAAAGUCAUCCGAGACUUCCAAACAAAUUGAUCAUAAAAUGGAGAUUCCUUUCGAUUACUUAAUGAAAUUGCUUUCGUUGUCUAAACAACUGCUCAAUAAAGAGAUUUUGCAAACAUUAGAUGAAAUCGCAUUCAGUGUAUUUACGAUGCAGACAAAUCAAACACAAAUCAUCUUUCCGUACAAGUCUUUCAGUGAAAUCAUAAAUUUGGUUUCCGUUACUCUAUUGCGAGAACUGUUAUCCCAUAGAAUUGAUUUACCGAAAACAUUCACAUCGGAAGUGCAGGAGUUUAUCAAAUGUCUGUUCCUUUCGGGACAGACGGAGAUCAUGAAUAAGCCGUCGUCUGAUCUCCAGAACUCCAUUUACAACAGCCUUAAGCUCAACGUCCAGACGAACGCCGCGUGCAUUGAGCUCUUGGUCUGGUCUUCGGGCGACGAGAUCGCGGCCGACGGCCUCUGCACGCGACUCAACGAGAAGAUCAACACAUCCCACGGCCACCGACUAGUGAUCGCACACAUGCCUCUACUGCUCGUCUGUUUGGAUGGGUUGGGAAAGUUGGCCGAAAAGUUCCCGACAAUAGCGGCCACUUGUAUCGCCUCAUUGCGGGACUUCCUUAUACUGCCGUCGCCUAUAUUAGUGCGUCUCAGUAAACAACAGAUCGACAUCCAGGGGUCGAGCGGACAGUUCAGUAUAACGGUGUCGUCCGAGAAUAACUUAACACUCAAAUCGGGAACAAACUUCUCAUCGACCGGAAACUCACACAUUCCUCAGGUGUACACGAAGUUGAGGAACAGUGCGAUCGACAACUUAUGCGUCGCCCUCCGGGCCGGCCUUCAAGUGGACGCGCACUGCAUUCAGGCGACCAUCGCUUCGGUGUCCAAUCGCUUGUAUCAGUCGGAGAAGAGUGACUCGGAAUCCAAUUUGGUGUCAAUGAACACAAUCAUAGCGUUAGGUCGGGUGGCGUUCACUCUGUGCGAUAUCCCGCGUUCAAUGGAGUCUAUCCUACAGUUCUUUCAGCAGCGCUUCUGUCGGCCGGCCUCUCAUUUGGACUCUUUAAUAGUGGAACAGUUGAGCGAAAUGGUGAUCGUCUCGGACUGCAACCAACACGUCUACGAGGAGGUGAUGAAGAUGUUUACAGUGAUCACCAUCCAGUCGAGCGCCGCCUAUAACCUGAGCAAUACGGACGAACGGAACCGCUAUCGGCACGUCUCGCUGGCGGUGAUCAACGCGUUCACGAAUAUCGCCAACAGAAUCGACGGCCAAACAGAACAACUCGACCUUUUGGUACGACUGCUGGAACUGUUCGUUCAGUUGGGUCUCGAAGGCAAGAGACAGAACGAGAAGAGUCCGGCCGGCGCUAAGACGUCGAGCAGCGCCGGCAAUCUCGGCGUUUUAAUACCGGUGAUCGCGACACUCAUGCGUCGGUUGCCUUACAUUCAAAGCCCGAAACCAAGACUCCAUAAACUGUUUCGCGAUUUCUGGCUCUACUGCGUUGUCAUGGGAUUCACGUCCGGCACCUACUUAUGGCCGCGAGAGUGGUAUUACGGGGUGCGCGAGAUUGCCUCGAAGUCACCGUUGCUUAAGUCGCGCGAACACUUGCGGUCGGAAUUGCACUUCAACUCCGCCAUAAGGAACGAAGCGGUGUCUGGAGUGGAACUGCAAGAGAUCCGGAAUCAGAUAAUCGCCGAUUUGGACCACUCGUCCGAAGUGACCCCGAUCAUCAAUAAGCUGACGUUCGCGCAGUGCACUUACCUCUUGUCGGUGUGCCGUUUGGAAACAUUCCGCGUCCAUAACCUCAUACCCGGUAUGAAUCCGUUCGACGUAAUGAUGCAAUACUUGGAGGACUCGACCAUUCAGAAGGACAAGGACGGCAUCUGGCAAUGCAUUAUGUGUAUCGCCGACAAAGUGUUUAACGUGUUCUUAGAUAUCAUGUCCAAUAAACCCAAGAAUAAGUCACGCGAUAACGAACUCGAGGAAUACGCGAUUCUACUUCUGGUGAAGUUUAAUCACCGACAGAAACAGAUCCGAAGGGUGGCCGACAGGUAUUUGUCUGGUUUAGUGGACAAAUUUCCGCACCUCUUGUGGAGCGGCAAAGUGUUGACCACAAUGUUGAACAUUCUUCAAGUGCUGGCCAGUGCUCUGGAGCUGAACCCCAACGAAGCCAAUCCCGAGCUCAAGGUUCCGGACACUAAUUACUGCAUCCAAUUGACGGACACCAUGGAGGCGCGCGAGAGUAUUGUCCGAGACUUUGGCGCCCGGUGUCAGGGUAUUAUACAGGAGGCGACCAAAUGGGCGCCGAAUAUCACUCGAUCUCACCUUCAGGAGUAUUUGGCGAAUAUGGAGCACGCGAUGAGUGGUAUUCAAAGACAUUCCGGACUCUCAUUAGUAGUGGAAUCGAUGGCAUCAUUCGCGGGCAAUAACUCCAAUUUGAAUGCACUCUCUGUCACGGCUUUUGAUAAUUUGCCAAAUUUUAUAAAAAACAAUUCAUCGGAAUUUAUCGCAUCGAUGAGUCUGCGGACGCACUUCGCGGGUGAGGUGUCGGGAAUGCUCUCCAGCUAUAAAGAGAAUCAACAAAAUGAGCAAAAAUUGGCCGAAAAGCUGAUCAAUGACUUGAAAGAGAGUUCCACCGAAAUGGACGUCAAAGCCCAUCACGAGUGCGUCUAUAAGAUCACCGCUCUGUUGAUUGCGACACCAAAUUGCGACCGAAAGUUAGUGCACGCCUUAUGCUGGGCACCGGUAUUCCUGUUCUCGGAGGACACGAUUGCGAGUGUGAUAUCGUGUUGGAAGUGGUUAUUAGCGGCCCGUUCCGACUUGGAAUCAAAGUUUAUUGAAGAGAUGGCCUCCGCAUGGAAUGCAACCAUCGAUCGAAACUUAGGUCUGUUUGCUCCCGAUCCGCCACAAACGGAUCCCUUGACAUCCAAUCCAAACACCAUUUUAAAGCCAAACCCUCCAUACAUCGGAGGACAUGCCCUUUGGGUGAAAUUUCUGAUUGAGAGGAUAGAGAUCGCGAAAUACAGUUCCUUAGAUCAGAUCGAGAUCUUUGCGAACCUAUUGCACCGAUCGCUUCACAUAUCCGUCGGUCGCACUCAUCACAGCUCCAGAAAUAUAGCGACCAUUGGCUCGCGAUUCCGGCUCUUGAAUUGCGGCCUCUCUUUAGUACAGUUCGACAUUUUGCCCAAAUCUAUCAGUAAGUCUGUGCUCAGGGAACGGGUCUAUUCGGCGGCCAUCGACUACUUCUGUGGUCCGCAAAUCAUUCCCUCGCAAAAGGGUGUGGAACUCAAGGAGGAUAUCAUAUCUUUGAUCCGCUUUUGGCAAAGUCUUCAUUCGGAUAAGAAGUACUUGAAGUCCUCUUUCCUGAACGACGGGAUCUGGUCUAACGAGCCCUUACAGGCGAUGACAUUAAGCGGCGUGAGUCCCGACUUGAGAGCCAGUUGUUCUGAGUUCAAUCAAAGCCGCAUCAAUACGCCCACCCCCUGGAUAAACACCGUUCCCCUAAACAGCAAUAUGUCGACGAUCUCGAAGCGCUCGUCGGGUUUCAAAGGCUCGCAAUCGACUAAAAACAGAGAGAACUCUAUAUUUGUCGACUAUUUCGUGAAGGAUUACGUGAGGAAACGGAAUCUGAUAUUGAGUUUAUUGGCGCUGGAGAUCGAGCUGUUGAUGACUUGGCACAACCCCACGGCCUCACCCGAGGCGGCCAUACCGGGCGAGGAGAUGAUCUCCAAGUGGCGCAACCAACCCAUCACUGAGCGGACGUGGAAAGAGACGGCUCGACUCGCGUGGGAAAUAUCGCCAACUCUUGCCGUAUUCCUCCCGUGCAGAUUCAAGAAUUCAGACGAAAUCAAAGAAGAGAUCUCGCGUUUGGUUCGCUUGAAUCCGAUAGCUGUCUGUCAUAUCCCGGAAGCGCUCCAGUAUUUGGUCACAUCUGAGAGCAUUUUACACGACUCUCCAGAAUUGAACUAUAUGCUGACGUGGACUCCCGUCUCCCCCGUGCAAGCGUUGUCCUACUUUUCCCGGCAAUACCCUCCGCACCCGAUCACCGCUCAGUACGCGAUACGAAACCUAACAAAUUAUGAUCCGAAUGUGAUAAUGUUUUGCAUUCCACAACUGGUUCAGGCCGUCAGAUACGAUAGCAUGGGAUACAUAUCGCAAUUUAUCCGGUGGUCGGCCACUACGUCCCAACUACUGGCCCACCAAUUGAUAUGGAAUAUGCAAACCAAUAUGUAUAAGGAUGAGGACCAACAGGAACCGGAUCCCGAUUUGUACGACCACUUGGAACACCUCAUUAAGACAAUCGUGGACUCGCUCUCAGGACCGGCCAAAGAGUUCUACGAACGAGAGUUUGACUUUUUCGGCAAAAUAACAGCCAUUUCUGGAGAGAUUCGUAAUUAUCCCAAAGGAAAGGAACGAAAGGAAGCGCUGCUCAAAGCGCUCCGCAAAAUACAGGUCCAGUUGGGCUGCUAUUUGCCGUCCAAUGCCGAGGCGCUGGUCUUGGAUAUCGACCCCGAAAAGGGUAUUCCAUUGCAGAGCGCGGCUAAAGCGCCGUUUUUGGCCCGGUUUAAGGUGGCGCUCAUUGGGAGCGACCAACUCGAGCGACUGGCCAUGUCUUCCGACUCGCACAACACCCACAACAACCGGAUGUCUUUAGGCGUCGAGCUAUGGCAGGCGGCCAUCUUUAAAGUGGGCGAUGAUGUCCGACAAGAUAUGCUGGCGCUUCAAAUUAUCGCUUUAUGCAAGAAUAUAUUCCUCAAGGUGGGAAUCGAUGUCUUUCUGUUUCCAUACAAAGUGAUCGCCACAUCUCCCGGUUGUGGUGUCAUAGAAUGCGUGCCAAACGCCAAAUCGCGCGACCAAUUGGGCCGCGAGACAGACAUCUCGCUAUACGACUACUUCCUCAAGACGUAUGGCGACGAGUCUUCCAAUCGCUUCCAAGAGUCGCGACGAAAUUUCGUCAAAAGUAUGGCCGCCUAUAGUGUCGUCGGCUUUCUGUUGCAAAUCAAAGACCGACACAACGGCAACAUUAUGAUCGAUAAGGACGGACACAUCAUUCACAUCGACUUCGGCUUCAUGUUUGAGAGCAGUCCGGGCGGGAACUGGGGCUUCGAGCCGGACAUUAAGCUCACGGACGAGAUGGUGGCUGUGAUGGGCGGCAAGAUGGAGGCGCCGGCGUUCAAGUGGUUCCAGGAGCUGUGCGUUCAGGCCUACCUGUCCGUGAGGCCGUACCGCGAGCCUAUCGUCUCGCUGGUGUCCCUGAUGCUGGACACGGGUCUGCCCUGUUUCCGGGGCCAGACGGUCAAGCAGUUGAGGGCCCGGUUCGCGCCCAACGCCAGCGAAAAGGAGGCCGCCGUCUAUAUGUUGAAGAUUAUUAGGGACUCGUUCCUCAACUUCCGGACCCGUACUUACGAUAUGAUACAAUACUAUCAAAACCAGAUUCCCUACUAAAUCGGUGGCCAUUCAUAUGUUUUUUUCAGUUAAUUAUUG